GGGUUGAUCUUACAAGAAGACAUGCCGACCAAAGACACGGAGUACGAACAGGCGUUUGACUUCGCCACCAUGGUGGUCAACAGCAACCUCCUGAAUGAACGGAGGCCCGGCAGAGAGAUGGCGCGGGUCUUCCCAACGCUGAGGAACAGGACGGUGUUCAGCGACAACUACAAACUCGGAGGAACAAGUGAGAGCCGUCUUUUUUAGUCUUUUCUGAACCACUGGUUCAAUGAAUGUGGGGCUGGGAUGCUGAACACUACCGCUAUGGUCGUUCGAGGUACCCUGUGUGUCACUGAAUCAUGGCUUUUAUUAUGGGAAGGGAUGAUAGAGGGGCUUUUUUUUUUCUUCUUCAAAAUGACAUUAUUAUGUUAAGGGCUUUCCAGGCAAAGCAAACUGGUUUUAGGUUUAACUUUAGAGAUCUAAGGCGAUGUAUGUUGAUUUACAUUGAUUUAUGUGGAUAUAUAUUGAUCUAUGUUGAUGUAUGUUGAUUUCCCAGGCGAUGUAUCUUGAUUUCCCGGGCGAUGUGUGUAAGUUAUUGGGUUAACGAUGGGAGCUCCUAAUUAACAGGAAUUGAAGGGGGUCAGGGAUAGGUUAACUGGUUUGGGCAUAUCCGGUAGGGGGAGUAAAGUCAAGGGAGGACACUAGAGUCAGGCGUGGAAGGACAGUCUAGUUGAAGUAGAAGAGUUGGACUGUUUCAUUGUAGAGAGAAAUGGAGAGAGUAAAGAGUUAGUCUGUGAUAGAGCCAGGGAGAGGAGUUGGACUGUCGAACUGUAAAGAGACACAGGGAUGUUCAACAGUGAGUCGGUGACAGAGCCAGGAGAGUUUAAGAAGAACUUUUAUAUAUAUAUUAGGUACAAGUGCACUUCAUAAUCAACUAUGUUGCAUCUGGAGUUGUUUGAAUUAUUUACGUCUCAACACCUAGAUAUUCAAACUAUAGAUCACGGAGGGGGGCGGUCCCGUACUGACCACCACUACGUCAAAAUAGUUUGUUAUCGGUAAGGGCUGAAGCCCCAUUAAAAAAAACAACAACAACAAAACCCGUUUUGCGACAUGGCCAUCAAAUAUAUGUCACAUAAUCUAAUAUCUGUUCAUGUAUAACUAUUGUUACUUGGCUAAAUUUAGCAUUUUGUUAUGAUUCGAACAUAAAUGUCCAUUCUUAAACAGUAGUAAAAUGUAAUUAUUAUAUAAACUUAUUUAUUCAUUAUCAGACAUGCAAACAUUUUUUUUUUUUUUAAGUUGCAAUAAAUUUAAAAAUGAUUUAACUAGCAGAAUUUAAGACCACGAGAUCAAUUUUAUUCGAUUAACAAUUUUCCAAUGUCUUGACAUAAAUGUCAAUAAAAUCGUUUGAUUCUGUUUGUUACUUUCUUUGUCUUGCUCAAUAAAGCAUUCACGAAAAGGGACAUUUCACAAAUACUAAAUCUAUUGUAAAAUUGUUUUUGAAAAAACAAAUUUACAUUUAAUAAAUCAAUUGUGAAAUCAAAAAAAAAAAAAAAAAGAAAAUAUAAAAAAAUAAAAUAUUGUGAAAAAUAAAAUUUGAAAAAAAAAUUAAAAAGGAAUUUCACAUACAUUAAAUGUGUUAAAAAAACAUUUUAAAAACGAAAUUUCACAUAUAUGAAAUGUAUUGUAAAACAUUUAAAAAAACGAAAUUUCGCAUAUAUUAUAUCUAUUGUAAAAUCACUAUUUAAAAAAAGGAAAACUUCCUAUAUAUUAAAUCUAUUGGGAAAUCAUUAGAAAAUGAAAUUUCAAAUCCAUUAAAUCUAUUGUGAAAGUGGAACCAUUAAAGGGAAUUUCAUUUAUAUUAAAUAUGUUGUGAAGCAUUGAAACUUGUGAAAUUAUGUGUCAGAGCGAAAUUUUUCCCAUCUUUUCAGUAUGUGGCAUGGCUAAUGAAGGUGUCAUGGUCAUCGUGGGGACCAGCCGGGCGUCCAGCUUCAACACCAUACAGUCCUACUGUCAGGCCCUUCAAGUGCCGUACAUCCUGGUGACGCCCUCGCGCCCCAACCCCUCGGACGGCUACCACUACGACCUCAGCGUCUGCCCACCUUACAUAGAGGCCGUCAUGAAAGUUGUGGCCAACUUAUCGCUAGCCGACAACAAGGUCUUUUAUGUCUAUGACAGUGAUGACGGUAGAGUAUUGGGUUUAAAAUAUAUAUAUAUAGAUGUAUAAUAAACUAUUCCCUUUUUAAAUCCUUUAUAUUAACAUGCUUUUGUGUCAAGGGCAGAAUCUUCAGACGGCUAAUUGAACUAUACUUCCCGUCAACCUAUCAAUGUGAAAUUUAUACAUAGCCUAGCUGUCGAUGACAACACAUUCUAUCAAAUUUUCACUCCAAAGAUUGCCUCUCUCGUUCGUCUAGGGCAGCGGUUCUCAACCUGUGGGUCGCGACCACUUUGGGGAUCGAGCGACCCUUUCCCAGGGGUCGCGUAAGGCCAUCAGCUAUUUCCACACCUUAUUCUAGCGUCAACACAGGGUUCCUGUCGUAAACAUCAGGAGGCCUAAGCAGAUUUUAGUCUCUACCUUUAACUAAAUAUGAGGGACACGUAUAGUUAAGUGACUACGUGGGGCAUGGUCUUUGUGAUCUCUAUUUUAUGGUGCCUUUUCCAACCAGAUAAGAAUUUUUAAUCAAUGAUAAUUUUUUUUUUUUUUGUAGUUAUUCUUUGAAUAAUUAACAAAAAGACUUCUCGCUUCUAGGAUACUCAAUCUUUUAGAGACAUAAUGAUUUACAUAUUUUUAAUGAAUUUGAAAGAUUUUGGCAAAUUUAAUUUGUAAAUAUGAGGGACACGUAUAGUUAAGUGACUACGUGGGGCAUGGUCUUUGUGAUCUCUAUUUUAUGGUGCCUUUUCCAACCAGAUAAGAAUUUUUAAUCAAUGAUAAUUUUUUUUUUGUAGUUAUUCUUUGAAUAAUUAAAAAAAAGACUUCUCGCUUCUAGGAUACUCAAUCUUUUAGAGACAUAAUGAUUUACAUAUUUUUAAUGAAUUUGAAAGAUUUUGGCAAAUUUAAUUUGAUUUAAAAGACAGUCAGUAUACAUCACGUUUCCCAAUUUCAACUUACGAUGUUACCGGCACAUUCCCAAAUUAAUAUUAUAAUUGCGAAUCACAAGUUGGGAUACAUCUUAAUGGGGGAUAACUCUCGUCAACAAGUUUAAUUUCUCCCAUCUGAUAUAAAUCGGGAAGGAUAAAGUAAUAAUUUGUGUUUACAAUAAGAUUAGACUAAGAUGCUAGUUCCGAGCGGUAAUAUCCUUAGCUUCGCGACUGCUCCGAACUGAGUGUUGAAAUUAGUGGAGAAAAGCAGUGCCGUCUUAAGGCAUAAUGGGGACACUGCGCACUUACCCCAUGGUCUCACUCUCACCCCUCUAAGUGGUCUCAUACUCGAGGCGGCCUCGCUCUAGUCCAGGGGUCGGGAACCUGUGGCUCACGAGCCAGAUGUGGCUCUUUUGAUGGCUGCAUCUGGCUCGUAGACAAAUGUUCGAUUAUAAAAAAAGUCGCAUUAAUGGUAAGAAAUACUCAUUAUUGAUUAGCAACAGCAUAAUAAUGUUAUUAAAAAGAAUUCAGAGACAUAAUUAUUGCAUUUUUAGUGUUGAAAUUACACAAAAUGCACACAUUUACUUGAAUUUUUAGUUUUAAACAUAAUGUAUGACUCUCACAGAUUACUUUUCAAAAUAUGUGGUGUCCAUGGCUCUCUCAGACAAAAAGGUUCCGGACCCCUGCUCUAGUUUCUAAUUCUAGAUCUAGGGCAGCGGUUCUCAACCUGUGGGUCGUGACCCCUUUGGGGGUCGCACGACCCUUUCACGGGGGUCGCAUAAGACCAUUUGGAAACACUUCUACUUUACAGUUAUAAUGUGUCAACGAAAAUAAUUUUGUGGUUGGGGGUCGCCGCAACAUGAGGAACUGUAUUAAACUAAUUAAAGGCUAAAGGGUCGCGGCAUUAGAAAGGUUGAGAACCACUGGUCUAGGGGGUCAUCACGCCUCUAGGGUGCCUCACACUUCUAGGGGCAUUAUGCUGCCAAUAUUAUUAGUGAAUAUUGAAAUAUGGCAAUAUUUCUGUCAAUUUAUUUUGCUUUUAAAAUGAAAGCCAUUUCAAUUGUUUGGUACAGUACUUGCUUCAGAAAAAGUUUCUUUUUUUAAUAAAUAAUCACUGGUCAAUUUGGAAAAAAAUUCAUUAAAUAUUUUCUUGGUGUGGAAUUGGCCAAGGGGUAAAUCAAAAUUAAAGAGUCUGACAAAAGGCACCAAACAUUCAUUGUUUAGUAAUUUAAAUGAAGAAAGUUGUAGUAGUUAGAAAUUCCAAAUAAAUGAAAACGUAUAAUUAAUAAUAUUAAGUUACUGAAUUUGUUUGGAAAUUCAUGCUGUCUCAUUUUUCCUCAGAUAAAUCAGAUAUUAAUAAAUAAAUGACAAAUCUUCUGAUGUCACCUCACCUUUAAUUAACUUUAAAAUUUUUAAAAAAAAACAACAUUUAACUACAAUUUAUUUACAAAAUUAACUGUUUUAAAUAGCUAUACAAAAUCUAUAAACAUUUUCUACAAAACUGCAUUUUUUUUCUAAUUUUUUGUAAACUGUAACUUUUGGAAAACCUACUUCCAAAACGUAACUUAAAUCCAAAUUGAUAAUUAUUAUACUAACAUACGAAUAGAUUAUUUUUCCUUUUUUGAAAUUAACUAUCGCCUGUUUUGAACGGAAUUUAAAAAAAAAAAAUUAUAUUCAUUUAUUGAUGAAUUAGUUCAAACAAAUAAAUAGUUUCAAAGAAAGUUAUGAAACAUUACUAUUUAGAUAGAACUAAAAUUAAAAAGGAUUUGUGUAACCCAUUCAUGGUCAAGGCAAACUAAAAUAUUAACUAGCAUCUUUUCUGUUGCUAGCAGGUUUAGUGUAGAAUAAUCCAAAACGAAAUUAAAGUAUGCACCAAAAUUACAUCCCAUCAUAUUGAAUUUAUCAAACAUUUUCUGAGGGGGGUUUACUGACACCUUUCUUACACCAGUUUCUUACAGCCAGUUUCAUUUGGCGCCCUCGAUCUCUUCUCCCUCCUCAAUUUAAGUGCUAGAUUUAAGUAAAUAAAAUGAGUUUUUGAAGGACCAAAUUAUGUUUUUCCUUUUGUUUUGUAUAUGUUACGUAGUUGGACUUUAAAUACUCUCGGGACGAAAAUAAGCUGGAGCUAAAAGAAUACCCGCAAUGGGCUCCACUACCAGAAAGAAUUUAUGGUUAUGUAUAGCGAUGGCGACAAAGUCAUAGCUGGCCCUGGGUAUCAAAAUGCCUAAUUUUGGUGCUGUUAGAUGCCCUUCCCCCUCUCCCGAACACCUGAAAUACUACCCCCAAUCCCCUGUGGAAAAAUUACCUAAAAGAAACUGGUCAAAACGCAUAGGCAUAACUGGGCCAUAAUGCUUUUCAUAACAUUACUAGAAUAGUAGGCUAUAGACAGCCAUUCCCAUUCUGAACUAGUUAGAUGAUUUUACUGCCCCUGUCUAUGUGAAGUACAUGGGAUCUUGUAGUUUAAUUCACUAUUGAGGGCCUGUCUUUGUUGCCCCUUUUAUUGGGGCAGGGGUUAUUGGCCCUCUCUCCCCCUUCUUCGCACGGCCCUGAGUAUAAAGAGGGUUAGGGGCCACAGUGCAUUGCUCUGCUUAGCGCUUCCGCUGCUGUAAAGAUGACCCUGGCUCAAAACAGUCUUUGCUAGACAUUUGGUUUGACAAAUAAUAUUCAGAAAUUAACUGAUAUUGACUAAAUAAGCUGAACUCCUCAUCACCCUUAACUUAACCCUAACCUUUACCCUUACCUUACCUCUAGCCUUAACCUUACCCUCACCCUUACCCUAACUGAAUUUUUAUUUAAUAAAUCAAUUAUUAAUCUAAUUCAUGUUUUUUUGUUUAAAUUGUUGUAAUCCAUCAGGUAAAUGCACUGAUGAAAAAAUAAACUUACAAACUUAUAAAUGCUAGCAUAUUAAAAAAUAUUUUUAAAAAUGUGUGUAUUACAUUUCAUUUUAUACAUAUGAUAUAAAUAGCGUACAAUAUUUUAGUCUCAUAUUUUACUUAACCUAUAUGACGUGCAUAUAAAUGCCUUUAACAAUACUGACUUUCAGAAAGGCGUUGUCAGCAACUUAUUUUUUAUAACAUUUCAGGGCUGUGGCGCCUGCAGAGAAUGUACCAAUAUUUCCAGAUGAAAGACAUAAUGCCUCGUGUACUGGAUGCCUUCCGUGUUAGAGAUAUUUCAAAAGCGUAUGUAAUACUAAGAGCCUUGGAUAAACUUUCAGAGGAGAAGACUAUUGUCUUGGAUUUGUCAACUACACAAGCAUACAAGAUAAUUUUAGAGCAGGUCAGAGAGAACACUGUUGUGUCUAAUGUUGUUCUUCAGAUCUCUAUGGCUGGGUAAUGAGAACACUGUGUGUAUCUGAUGUUAUUCUUAGAUAUCCAUGGCUGAGUAAAGAGAAGGCUGUUGUGUGUAAUGUUAUAAUAAAUAUCCAUUGCUGAUUAAUGAGAAAAAUUUUAAUUCAAAGAUGAGUAGCAUGUUAAAUUCUCUUCCACUUUGAAUGUUCCGAUUACAGUGGCUAAUCUUAAUAAUUUGUUUUUUUUCUAAAGGUGCAUGGUUUUAUGUACAUUUUAUUUGAAUCUUUUUCCUCUCUUCCAGAAAAAACAAACUAGCCAGUAAAUCAAAUUGAUAUCUUUUUUCUAUCCCAAAUGAACACAAAAAAAUGUCCAUCUUUCAUAAUGGAUUACUGAUUUUUUUAUAGCACUUAUUCUCUCUGCUCACUACAUCUCAUACUCUCUACUCACUACAUCGUCUGUUAACCAAGAACUCUCACUCCUUUCUUUUGCUCUUCAGUUAAAACACAGGAAAUCAACUCAAACUCAGUUCUGCUGUUCAAUUUGAAAACAUAGAAAUGAGUUAUUGAAAAAAAAUAUUAAAAAUUAAACCUGAGGAUAUUUAAUUGGUAAAAUCAUCAGAUUGACCUUUUGUUUUUAACAAAUGAUAUUUCAAAGCAGAUUUAUUUAUUUAUUCAAGUAUUUUUUCCCCCUUCCCACAUAUUUUUAAAAAAAACUUCUUCAGAUUGUUGAUGUUGGCAUGAAUAGAGAGAAUUAUCACUAUAUAUUAGCUGGAGCUGUAAGUAUUUAGCGUUAUGAUAUGCCAUGUCUUGCACUCACUGAUAGACAUUUAAGAAGUGAAAUUUUUUAAAUAAAUGAACAAAACAAAAUAUAUAGACAUAGAUUAGAUUAGCAUGUAGGCCUACACAAAUGUGACUCUUUUAAUUUAAAGUUAUAAUCAUAACACUUUGACAGUAUCUUCAAAUAUAUGCUUUAAACACUAGGAAAUCACAAAAGGUGUUUUAGUUCUUCAAAUAACUUCAAAACAAAUGGAAUUUUUAUCCUAAUCAUAAAUUUUAAUAACAUUAAUAAAAUAUUCUUUGUUUUUUUAACGACUUUUGAUUUUUUUUUUGCCGUCUUAUUUUAUGUUCUUAGUAUAAAACCAAAGACAGUUGAUAUUUACAAUUCCAAUUAAAUAAACAUUGUCACCGCUUACAUUUUUAUAUCUUUCAAUUUCAAACAGGAUGCCAUGGAUUUGAACUUAGAUCGUGACUUCUUCUCCCAGUUUCUGUAUGGAGGUGUUGAGAUCACAGCGUUCCAGUUUGUUAAUAACCAAACAGACACAUAUAGAAAGUGGCAGCAAAUGUGGGAGCAGUAUAAGGAUGAUUUUCCAAAUUUAUUUCCACUAAAGGUGGGGAAGUAUAAGUGGUUGAUAAACUUAAGGGUUUUUCCUGGUUGUCCUAUUAAUAAUUAACCCCAGGUGUCCAAUUUUUUAUAUGAUUCAGGCCUAUAUUUUAUAUGAUAAUGCCCCAAUGAUUAUAAAAGAUUUAAUGAUGAUUUUAAGUUUAGUGCAAAGCAAAUGAAAAUGAAAGAAAAAAUAAAAUAAUUGUAAUAAACCUCUGCCUAUUAUAACUAUAAUUACAUUAAGAGAAAUAUGAAAAACCAAUUAUUUGAAUUAUGAAAUUCAGGAGAUAUCUGAUAAGUUAAAUUGGUGACAAACAAAACAAACUUCAAAAAAGACCUUAAAUAAUAGUAGGAUUAUAAUUUCAAUUUCCAAUUUUUGUUAUCCUAAAAAAAGGGUUACAUUUUUUAACAGACGGGUUCAGCUCUCAUGAUAGACGCUGUGAGGGCCCUGCACGAAGCUCUCAUGUUUGAGAUACCCAAACAACACACUGCUCGGACCCACCCUUCUCGGACGUGUGACAUGGAUAAUUUCAAAUCUUCUGAUGUCACCUCACCUUUAAUUAAUUCUUUAAAUAAGGUGUAGUGUCAAAUGACAAUUUGCCCGCUGCUUGUCUAUCAAAUAUUGCUACUGCCCUUAGUUAAGUCAAAAACACAAUUAUCUCAUUUUACAGCUUUUAAAAUUUGAAUUAUGUUGUGAAAAUGUGAGUAACAAUCAGUGGCGCCUGGGCAGGUGUCUGGCAAUUCUAGCUUUUUUUAAGAAAGUAAAAUUACAAUUUCUUUUAGAGCACCUAAUCUCUUUUGAAAUGAUGGUGCCUCUGUCUAAUGUCGUAUUUCUCCUCUUCUCUACGUAAAUAAUAAUAAUUUAAUCCAUCUUGUUGAUGUAAAACUAAUUCCUUUUUAAAAUUAAUUCAUAACUCGAAGAAAAAACAGCUUCUUUUUUCUAUUGAAACGCUAAAUAAUUUUCCUUGAGAUGGUUAAGUUUAUUUUAAAGGCAAUGGUGUAAAGUUUGAUGCAUUAUAAUUACUGCAUGCAGAUAUACUUCCAAGGUUUAACUGGCCCGUUGGCUCUCAAGCAAGGGAGGCGUUCAGAAUACAGCAUUGAUGUUUAUAAACUAGGCUUCAAACAGCCAAUGGCAAAGGUACAAAAUCAUGGCUACUUUGCACUCUGUAAGAAAAUAUUUUUUUCUAGUUCAGUUUGUAGUUUAAUAAUUGAUAAUGUUAAACUUGUAGCUCACCAUCAAAUUCAAAAUGUGACCAAAAGAGUAUCUCCAGACUGAAUGCAAUCAGCUGUUUAUGCAUAAGUGAUAUCUGAAGUGAUUUAACAGGUUCAUAAAAUGAAAUUUUCCGCUCCGUAAUACGCGAAACAAUAUUUGAUGUCCUGAUAAUCCUGACUUAGUUAAGCUUGGAAAGAUUUUUUUCUUGUGUUUCAACACCAAGACUACAAAAAGGAUACAUAUAAGGAAAUAAUUAAUUUUUUAAAAAUUCCAAUUUUGAGAGAAUGCCUUGUGGUGACACAUGCAGCUCUAAUCUUAAUAAUUCUUUCACAAAUUUGAAGGUGAAUAAACUUUACUUUUUAAACAGCAAGCAACUUGGAAGUCCUCUGACCUGAUGGACGGUUCAUUUAAAACAUUCGUCCCCGAGGUUGCCAUACAAAACACGACACAGCGAGUUACAACUCUAAUAGUAAGAAAUCAUAAUAAUAAGUUGUUACACCUAAUAGGCUUUAUCCAUUUUGGAUUCUAGAAGCAAUCCAGGUUAGGGAUUUAGUAUUUUUUUAAAAAUCGAUUAAAGUUUACUAUAAUUUCAUUAGGUUUCCCAGUUUACCAAUUAUUGUUUGUCUAAGACUAAGUUUAUGAUGGAAACCGAAAUUUGGUUCACAAUAAUAAUCGUAAGAAAAAGUUCUUCCUCAAAUAUUAAAACAAAGGGAGAAAAUUAAACCAUUCGCGGCAGGACAUCAAGUUACAAAUAAUGACUAAAAUCAUAGUUUUUCUUUCCAAUUUAUUUGAAUACUGUAGAUCCACGAUCUCACAUUUUAAAACAAAACGGAGCAGCUAUUUUGAUCUCCCUGAUUCUUUUUUAUAUUUAUUGUUUUUGAACGUUCUAUCAGUUCUUGCGUUGCUCGCAUAAAGUCACAUACAAUAUUCCUGCCAGGAGCCACCAUUUGUGAUGAGAAUAGAAAACAGGAAUGGAGCACCGCCCGUCGGCCCCAACUUGGACCUUGAGGGUUACUGCAUUGACUUGAUAGAGGCGCUGGCCCGCAGUGAAGACUUUGAAUACCAGAUUUACCUGACUGAAGAGUAUGGAGACAAGAAUGAGACUGAUGGCACUUGGAAUGGGAUCAUAGGCCAGUUGAUAAACCAGGUAAAUAUUACUUUCAAUAGAUUUUCAGUGCUUUUUCUUCUUUUUUAAAAAUAUUUUUAAAAAAUAUUUUUAAAAAAAAUAUAAAAUUCAGUUAAAACGCGAAAAGAAAAAUGCCGAAACCACAGUAAAAAUGACAUUCUCAAUCUUAUAUUCCAAUAGUUAAAUAUUUAUCUCAUAAAAAUUUCUUUUCAAGGAAUUAAACUCUUAUAAUCUCAUAUACAAUUGCUGAAAAGAAUUAUGUAUAUUGUAUGUACCUAUAGAAUUAUGGAUGUUGUAUGGACCUUUAGAAUUAUGUAUGUUGUAUGGACCUUUAGAAUUAUGUAUGUUGUAUGGACCUUUAGAAUUAUGUAUGUUGUAUGGACCUUUAGAAUUAUGUAUGUUGUAUGGACCUUUAGAAUUAUGUAUGUUGUAUGGACCUUUAGAAUUAUGUAUAUUGUAUGCACAUUUAGAAUUCUAUAUGUUGUAUGGACCUUUAGAAUUAUAUAUGUUGUAGGACCUUCAGAAUUAUAUAUGUUGUAUGAACCUUUAGAAUUAUGUAUGUUGUAUGGACCUGUAGAAUUAUAUAUGUUUUAUGGACCUUAAGAAUUAUAUAUGUUGUAUGGACCUUUAGGAAAGAGACAUAGCUGUGGCGCCGCUGACCAUUACUCAGGACAGGGAGAGAGUGGUCGACUUCUCCAAGCCAUUCAUGGACACAGGGAUCUCAAUAAUGAUUAAAAAACCCGACAAAACCAAGCCUGGAGUCUUUUCCUUCAUGGACCCGCUGGACACACGAGUCUGGCUAUGUAUAGCUAUUGGAUUUCUUGCCGUCAGUGGUGUUCUCUACUUUGUUGGCCGGUUCAGGUGCGUAAUUUUUGUACAUUGUUUAGUUAGUAAUUGUUUGCCAAUGUGUAUGUAUAUUUUAUUUAUAUAUAUACAUAUAUAAGUGUGUGAUUUAAUACUCAAAUCCAAGGAAAUCAGGUCUUGAGAACUAUAGCUAUUUAUUUGGUUCUGAGAGUAUGGUAACCAGAAAUAGAAAACAAGAAAAAAGACCAAGAAAAAUAUGGGGAAGAAAAAGGACAAUAUCUGAAAAGAUGCAAAUAUAUUAGUUUAGGAUCUAAUAACCUACUUAGUUAUAUGAGAAGUACACAGUUUUACGCUCUGAAUCUAUGUGAGAUGCGAAGGGUGUCCAGUACAAUAUAAAUAUAUAUAUGUUCGCACUUAUCCCAUACCUAUUUUUAGGCAUGGAAACCCUUAGGUUCUGGGUAACUGAGUUAACCUACAAUUCUAGAUACUUGGCUGUUACAAUUAUAAUGGCUCACACAUGGGACUAUGCCAGACUUAGCCACAUGGCAGUAUAUUUACUUCAAUGUUAUGACUGUUAGGAUUAUACAAGCGUGCACCAGGUCUUUGUAAGACUUAAAUGCAUGACAUUACGUUUAACUCUAGCACCAUAAAGUAUAUUUGCUAAUUUGAUUCUGGUGCACAUGCUAUUUCAGUAGUAUUUUUAACUAUGGCGAUAUCAUUGUUAAAGGGUACAAAAUGCAAAUGGAAAGGUUUCAGCUAAUGCCUUCAUCAGUACAAAAAAACAAAAACAUUCUGUAAAAUCAUCAUUAAAGCUGAACAUCCAUUGUUUUAUUGACACAAAAUGUUUCUGUCUAAUUAAUCUACUUUAAAGCUCUAUCACAGUCCAACACUCUUAUAAUUAGUUCUACAAAAAACACAAUGUUUAAAAAAACAUCACAUUAGCUACUUACAGAACAACCAGAUACCAACAGUGAAAUGACAAAGGGUUAAAUUUGCUCCCUGCCAGUAGGCUAUAUCAUUUAAAAAUGAAUGGGCCAAGACCUACUUGACAUAUGACACACAUUGGAACAAUAAGGUCUUAAUAUUUUUUCAGGCAUCAGGCUAGCAGAGAGAAAGAGAGGGGGGGGGGGUCACGUGUUUGUCAUAGGAUGGUCAAUCGCCAGACAAGAGGUUUAGGGCCAAGCACACAACAGCGUUGUGCUACUUUUAGUUGCGGUUGCAGUAUACAGUAUAGCCUGGGUUUUACCAACAUCUAUCAAAGUGACACACAGAGCGUGUGUUAACUGAUUACUAUUCAGCGGCACCUUGCCACAUUUAUUCCUUUGUUGUUGUUGUUUUUUUGUGGACAAAUUAAGACAAAAUUAGAUGUGUUUAUCUUAGAUAAACUUCUUUACAUAUUGGAACGCAAAAGACUUCUUAAUUAGCGUGCGUAAUUUAAUUUAUUUUCCUUUUUUUUUUCCACACCUUAAUAUAUAUUGUUUAAUCAUAUCCUUAAUGUUGGUUCUGUCAGAAUUAUCUAUGAGUUGUUUUUUUGACAAAGUGUUGACUAAAUAUGUCUUAUUUGAGAUAACAACAUUGCAAUCUCAGUUUAGGUAAUGUUAAUUCAAUCAUGGGUAUUAUAAGGGGCACCAACUCAGAGUAAUGUCCUGUAUUAAUUUUUAGUAUUUUAGUAGAAUUUAAUCUUGUUCAUUAAAAAGAAAAAGACAACACUACAUCACAGAGAAUAUGGCACAUUAUUUUAUGGUGUUUUUUUUUUUUAAGUUAAAAAAUGUUUGCAAGAUGCAAGAUGAUUUAUUGAUAGUGUAAUAAUGAUAAGAACAAUAUUUAAGUAACCUGGUUAAAUUAUAAUAGGCUUUUGUUGAAAUUAUUUUUCAGCCCCUAUGAGUGGAAUGUAUCUGAAGACUCUACAGAAAGGACAGCUACAACAGUCUUCUCAAUCUCCAACACUCUGUGGUUCUCACUGGGUGCUCUAAUGCAGCAGGGCUCUGAUAUAUCCCCUAGGUUGGGCCCACAGCCAAGCGAAAUCAAAUGACCUUCCUUGUUUAUAAUGACUAGAACUCAAAGCUAAUAAUUUUUAAAAAUGUAAAUACUAUCUUAAUGAGAAUAAUUUGAGGAUCAAACUAAAGCAAUACUCAGGUUGAGAAAUUGAUAGUGUAUUGCUCUAUUUCAAUAAAUAAACAGUCUCUACUUUUUAAAGAUUUCAACAACAUUAGGCUAUUUGCAGGAAUGGCACUGGUCAUAUUCCACUAUCAGUUAUUUGGUCUUAACUUAUUUAUUUGACUUGCAAAAAUUUAUUUUUAAAUAUUCAGUUCUUGUAUUAAAAAAACAAGUAGGGUCAAAGCCAUGUCGCAAAACCUACUGGACACACUGUACUGAAACCAUUGAAAACUUAUUAAACAUUUUGUAUAGUUUAUAAUCAUAUAUAUAAAAACUAAAUAGUUAGCCAAAAUAUAAUUAUAUUAGAAUUUUAAUUGGUAAUUGUUUUUUUUUCAAAAGGCUGUCAGAGGAAAAGAUAAAAAACAUUUUAAAACUAAAAUAAGGUUUGUGCUGGGGGGGUGGGUGUGAUUCUGAGUAAAUCAGAAAAAUAGAAUCACCUCAAUUUUUUUUUUUUUAAUGAUUUAAUCAGCCAUUUUCAAGUUUAAUACCUUAAUCAAUUGAGAAUGUUAAUAACUGUAGAUGUGCAGAAUUUCAAUGUUGUGAAAUAGAUUUGAUGUUUGCCAUCAGUUUUUUUUAUGAGACUGCCAGAAAUCUUAACCAAGAAAAUCUUGGAUUUAAAUUUUUUCUGCCUAUACCUUAAUAUGAUCACAUUCAAACUUAUUUUAAUAUUCAUCUGACGUAUAUGUUUGGAUUCAGUAUUAUGUGUCUCAGAAAAGUAGGAUCUAUUUUCGGGUCUCUACAAAACCACAUCAAUUAAAUAGUUAACAAUCUUGGGAAUAUAACAGUUCCUGGAUGCAGCUUUGAAUUUCUAUUUUUUUACUUAAAAUAAUUAUGUACAGAUGCGUGUUUGUCUAUUAAAAUAGUUUUAAGAAUGUCUAAUCUUAUUCUGGAGCAUUAACUAUGUAUUCAUCUGGUAGGCCCUGCUGUCUAAAUUUUUUUAGCUGAAACUGAUUUUUUAAAAGAAUAAAAAUUAUUAUUCUUUUAAUCUAUUAAAAUAUUUUAUUACUUUUAUGGAAAAUGCAAAUUUAAAUUAUUUAAACUGAUUUUUAAUUAUCCAUUUUCCCCACUAAGGCUCAGAUAAUUUUUUUUGAUUCCAAUAAAAUGUAUUUUAAAUUGGAGAUAAACUUAAAUUAGUACCGGUACUUUGCUAAACCAUUUUAUCUUUUAAUAUGUGAUAUUUUUUGCAAUAUCACACAAUAAAUAAAUUUAUUUUCCAUAGGUCUUUCUCAGGACGAGUGAUUGGUUCUGCCUGGUGGUUUUUUACUUUAAUUAUUAUCUCCUCUUACACUGCUAACCUGGCAGCCUUUCUGACCAUUGAAAAACUGGUGGUCUCUAUAAGUUCAGCAGACGACCUGGUUGGGCAUCCAACGAUCAAGUAUGGCACAAAAAAGACAGGUUCAUCUUGGAGAUUUUUUGAGGUCAGUUCCAAAAGCUACAUUUUCUGAAGGUAACAAGCAAUUUUAAACAGACAAUUAAAUUUGACAAAACAUUGCAUCCAAGUAACUCAUUUUAUAAGAAUCCCAAUUAGUGCGCCCCCCCCCCCCCCCCCCAAGCCUUUUUUUUGAAGUCAGUUCCAAAAGCUACAUUUUCUGAAGGGAAAAAUCAAAUUUAAACAGACAAAUAAAUUUGACAAAACAUUGCAUCCAAGUAACCCAUUUUAUAAGAAACCCAAUUAGUGCGCCCCCCCCCCCCCUCACCAAGGCUUGCAACCGCACAUUUUUUUUCACACCUCUGAACUAUAUUAACAUUAUGGUUCCCACCUGCUUUUAUACAGCAGAUUUAUUUCCAUAACAAUUUCAGAAAAAAAAUUAUACACCAAAUGCACUUGAUACAUUUUUUUAAAGAACCUAAUUUAGAGCAGUUUUAUCUGGAAUAUUAUUUUAUCAUCCUCCUUGGAAAACAGGAAGAACUAUUUUUAGGGGUUGGGUUUAAAGGGUGGGACUGAAAAUUCGAUAGAAAGUGUUGUCAUCAGCAAUGAGUCUAUGUUUCAGUUUGAUAGCUUGACAAGGGUCAAUUAGCCGUCCGAAUAUUUUGCCAUCCGGCCACAAACAAAAGUGAAGUUAAUAUAAAGGAUUUAAAAACUAAUGUCAUGUUCACUAAAAAGAAAUAAGCUUAUAUUCAAAGAGCAUGAACUCUCACUGAUAGUCAUUAGGUAGUUUAGUAUUCAAUAAUUUAAUAUUUCUUUAACUCAAUUUGUUUUCCAUUAAAUGUUGGCAUGAAAGGCACGAGAUUGGUAGUAAAUAAAGAUAUAAAAUGUCCUCAAUGUAAUAAAAAAAAAAAGUAAAAUUUUUUUCAAUCCUAUAACUCGCUAAUGAGUGGUGCAGACCUGUUUACUCUUAAAAUGGUACAAUAUCAUAACAAAAUUGUUCAAUACAUUAUCUUAAUGGUAAAAAACAAACAUAGAGUAUAUAUAAUUUAUACUGUAUGCCUAUACACCUCAAAAUCGCACAUUGUGCGCCAAAAUCGUAAGCGUAAACAGGUCUGGUGGUGUUUUCAAAAAGAAAAUUCUUAUAAACCUGAGGAGUUUUAUCAUAAAUAAGUUUAUCUAACAGAAAUCCACAGUGGACACAUUUGUUAGGAUGAGGAAAGAAAUGUUGGAGAACGCAGAUGAGGUCCUGUUUGAGGACUACAGUGAGGGAGUAAGAAAGGUAUGAAUUUGUAAAUUCAAGUAUAAGAACUCUAUGUAAAAUUCACAGCCAUGUUAUUUAGAUUAUAAUUUUGCUUAAAUGAUACAACAUGAACUGAUUUAUCAGUGGAUAUAAGAAUGAUGUUUAAUAACCGAUUCUAAACUUUGAAAAAACUGUUUACAGUCAUUUCUUCUAUAUAUUAAGGGCCCACGAUCAAUGUAUUGAUCACUCUGGCUCCUGUAUAAGUAUUUUUUUUAAAUGUGAUAAUAACCAUUUAGUGAUUAAGACAAUAAUGCUGCAAGUCAUUUGAAUGCAUGAAAAUAAAUGUAUUAUUUAUUACAAAGUUUGGAUAUCAAAAAGGGAUCUAGCAUCUUAAUAUUUACUGUUUUUGUAUAUUGUAAGGAAAUAAUUAUUUAAAAAAAAAAAAAAACCAUUGUGGAUUAAUGUGGUAUCAAGAGAUUACAUUAAUGUCUUACUCCAGGUGCGAGAAUCUAAAGGUACGUAUGCCUUCCUCUUGGAGUCUGCAAUGAAUAGUUACUACAGUCAGCAAGAACCCUGUGAUACCAUGAUGGUUGGUGACAAGUUAGACAACAAAGGUUAUGGUGUGGCCACUUAUGUUAAUUAUCCACUGAGGUAUGUGUAAUUGGUGCCUUAUAAUUUCUGUUUUUAAGUUAUUAAUUAAAUAUUUAAAAUGUAUUGAAAUUGAUGGCUUCUCCAAAAAUUAUUUUUUUUAAGUACGAGUACCUAGAUCAGUCUCCCUUAAAAUAUUUGGAUUAUAUCCCUUUCUUUAUUAAAAACUCUGAAAGCCUACACAAAUUAAUGAAAAUUAUCAAUGUAAUAUUGUUUGGCCACAUAGGAGCUGAUGGCAAGUUGUCUUGGGUGCCCACAGACUUCAGCACUUUUUGUAACCACCACACCCCCCCCCCCACUGUAUCUUAUAACAAUUAUUAUGAAACUAUAUAUUUUGGAACCGAAACAUUGAGCUUUUAAUACUUUUAUUAUUUCAAAAUGCUAGCGAUCUUCGACAAAGCUGGCUCUUACUAUCAUAGGCUUCCAUAUGUGAUUCUCAGUAUGACUACAUUAAUAAAUAAUUUACGCCUUUUAAACUUAUAACUUAAAUUUUUGAAACUUUCAAAAAGAGCCCCCUCAUAUAAACUGCAAGACUUAUAAAGAACAAAAUAUGAAGCACUUCAUUCAUAGUAUCAUAGUAUCUAAACUAAAGAACAAAAUUUGAAGCACUUCAUUCAUAGUAUCAUAGUAUCUAAACUAAAUAACAAAAUAUGAAGCACUUCAUUCAUAGUAUCAUAGUAUCUAAACUAAAGAACAAAAUAUGAAGCACUUCAUUCAUAGUAUCAUAGUAUCUAAACUAAAGAACAAAAUAUGAAGCACUUCAUUCAUAGUGUCUAAACUUGGCAUUUCAAUGUGGGUCUUAAUUUACUUUAAGUCUAGAAACAUUCAUCUUUUUAAAAAAAAUGUAUGCUUUUUUUUUUUUUUUUUUCUUUUCAAUUUUUCAUAUUUUGUUAUAUUUUAAUUUAAAAUACUGUUUUUUAAGUGGCCAACCAUGCUGUUUCACAAAAAAAUAAGUUUAUAUAUAUAUAUGGAUUCAUUCAUAGUGUCUAAACUUGGCAUUUCAAUGUGGGUCUUAAUUUACUUUAAGUCUAGAAACAUUCAUCUUUUUAAAAAAAAUGUAUGCUUUUUUUUUUUUUUUUCUUUUCAAUUUUUCAUAUUGUGUUAUAUUUUAAUUUAAAAUACUGUUUUUUAAGUGGCCAACCAUGCUGUUUCACAAAAAAAUAAGUUUAUAUAUAUAUAUGGAUAAAAGUAAACAUUUGAAUAAAAAAUAUUUAGAGUUAAGUAUUUAAAGUGAUUAUUUAUUAUUCAUAAAAACUGGAAAUUUCUAAUAAGAGAAUAUAACUUUUUUUUAAAUUGUCAUCUUAUAAAACGCUUUGGAGACCAAAUAUGUUUUCUUUUAGACAUAACAUCAAUAUUGCUGUGCUGACAUUAAAGGAGAAGGGAGAAUUGAUAAAACUGACCCAGAAAUGGUGGUUUGAUAAAGGGCAAUGUGGGGACCAAAGUGUUAGUAAGGUAGGUAGAUAGAACUAUACUUAACAUCCUGAUGUCUAAACUGUAAGGUACUUUGGAUAAAUAAUCUACUUCUAUUCAUUAGCCAAAAUGACAUGAUAAUUUAGAAUGAAUAUAGCUAUAUAAUUUUAAGGCUUUAAAAUACAUUUUUUUUUUUUAAAAAUCAUAAAUAUUUCUAUCUUUAAACAAAGCAGCUUAACUGAAAAGUUUAUAAGCUAUAAUGUACUCUUUGGUGUAAUAAUCUAGUGAUACGUGUGUGAUAAUCUAGUGAUAUGUGAGUAAUAAUAUAGUGAUAUGUGAGUAAUAAUCUAGUGAUAUGUGUGUGACUUCCACAGGAGUCUACGGGUACACAGAGUGCACUAACACUAAGCAAUGUCUCCGGUAUAUUCCAUAUACUUAUAGGCGGUUUGGUGUUGUCCAUGUUGACAUCAUCACUGGAAUAUUUAAUACAGAGGAAGUUGAGAAUAAGAAGAAAAAAUAUAGCAAAGAAAGUAAGUAACUGUACUUAAAUUUUUGUCUGAAAAAAAUGUUGGAAAAAAUUAUUGUUUAACUAAGUUGUUUUUUUUAAAUUUAAAUAUUAUUUGACAUUUAAAAUUAAUGAACAUUGUCAUUGUAACUUAUUAAAUCUUUGGGAUAAUAAUUAAUGUUUUGAUUUAGGGCUUUUCAGCAUCCAGGAUAUUUAAAAAAAAAAAAAAUCACUUGGAAAUUAUUUAACUUGAAUCCAAAAAUGUAGAUAAAUACUUUUGGGUGCUUUAAUUAUUUAAAAUAAUUAAAUUGGCAUUCUUAAAUAGUUAAUUAUUAUUACCAUCAGGUUAAUGUACAGUGAAAUCAAAUUGUGCAGUAAGUUAUUCUGUAUGAUAGCUCAGAUCCCAUUUUAGUGAGGUUUUAUUUAAGUAACUCCAGCUUAACUUUAAAUGCUUUUUUUUUUUAAAAAUCCAAAUAUUUUAAAAUGUAUUUUAAAUAAAAUAAAUUAAAUAUAGGAAAUUGCAUAGCCUGUCAUUUUUCUGCAACUUAAAAAUGUAUUGUUAACUGAUGGUUCUAAGGCUGAAUAACUUUCAAUAGACCUCCAUUAAAUUUGAUUAAAUUUUAAGAAAAAUCACUGUUUCUGAAAGUUAUUUACAUUUUUUAGAAAUAGUAGACAGAAUUAAAACGUAAUUGCUCUCAACAAAUUUUUUGUCAGCUGGGAUUUGAAAGACGCAGGUCAUGGUCCCAUUAAUUAAUGGUGUUAUUUCAGGCAACAAAAAACUACACACUCCCUGUUCCUCCUCCCCCUCCUCGGAGGUUAUGUUUUGGCUCUGCGGCAAAUAGAUCAAAUGGUAUUGAACCAGUAUGGGAAAAUGGGAUG